AUGACCUUCCCUACUCGCAAAAUCGGCACUGACGAUGUCUCUGCCAUCGGAUUCGGUGCGAUGGGCAUCUCUGCCUACUACGGCGCCUUUGGGUCUGACGAGGAACGCUUCGAGAUCCUCGAUGCCGCAUACGAGCGUGGGUGCAGGUUCUGGGAUACCGCCAACAUCUACGGUGACAGCGAAGAUCUGAUCGGCAAGUGGUUCAAGCGCACUGGCAAGCGCAACGACAUCUUCCUUGCCACCAAAUUUGGUAUCAGCCGCGAGACUGCCAGGGGCGUUGACGGCACCCCCGAGUCUUGCCAACGCAACUUCGCUCGAUCGCUCGAGCGUCUUGGCGUCGACACGAUCGACUUGUACUACCUCCACAGGCCCGACUCUGAGGUACCUAUCGAAGAGACGGUGGCCGAGAUGGCAAAGCUGGUCAAGGCUGGCAAAGUCAAGUACCUCGGUCUGUCUGAGUGUACUGCCAACACCCUUCGCCGUGCGCACAAGGUGCACCCGAUCGCUGCGCUCCAGGUCGAAUACUCGCCGUUCACGCUCGACAUUGAGGGCGAGCUCAAUUUGCUCAAGACCGCACGUGAGCUCGGAGUGAAGGUUAUUGCCUACUCUCCACUCGGGCGUGGCCUGAUCACUGGUCAAUACAAAUCGCCAGACGACUUCGAGGCCGAUGACUUCCGCCGCAAGAUCCCAAGGUACUCGAAGGAGAACUUCCCGAACAUCCUCAAGUUGGCCGAUGGCCUCAAGAAGGUUGGCGACGCGCACAGCGCUACCGCAGGUCAGGUGGCCCUCGCGUGGCUUCUGGCGCAGGGAGACGAUGUCAUCCCCAUCCCUGGAACUAAGAAGAUCAAGUACCUCAACGAGAACCUCGAUGCUGUGAAUGUCAAGCUGACCGCUGAGGAUGUCAAGGAAGUGCGAACAUACGCCGAGAAAACUGACCAUGUUAACGGCUUGCGUUACCCCGAGUUCGGGUGGAAAACGCUGUACCAGGAGACGCCGGAACAGAAGCUGUAA